UGGCAUGAUUUCUCAGUAUCUGUUUGCAUCUGUUCUGACUUGGGACCUUUAUUUUGACAUCGAAACCUGGCUCUAGUUUGAAUAUGCCGCGUUCACAACACCUCGGAAUUGUCAACAGAACGAGGACACAUCAUGACGUCGUUGAUCUUCAGGUUAGAAAGUCGAAAGUCUAGAAUGUUGUCCUAGUAUCCGAUUUAUAUUGCAGCCUUGGUUGCCUGUUCAGAAACGAUUUUGCCAUGUCGGAGCUUGUUUUCCCCUCUAGAUGCACCGUUGAAUUGAAAGCGCUGACGUCACAGUUGCCAUGAGUAGUGAGCUGAACGUUCCCAUGGGCUCCCCGGCCCCGGGGGGAUCGGACCGCAUGCCGGAGGGGGCAGGAAUGGACUACAGGGACUGGGUGCGCCGCAGCUACCUGGAGCUGGUCACCUCCAACCACCACUCUGUGCAGGCCCUGUCUUGGAGGAAGCUGUACCUGAGCCGGGCCAAGCUGAAAGCCUCUAGCCGUACCUCGGCCCUGCUCUCAGGCUUUGCUAUGGUGGCCAUGGUGGAAGUCCAGCUGGAGAUGCAGUACAACUACCCACGCAUGCUCCUCAUCGCCUUUAGUGUGUGCACAACGGUGCUGGUGGCUGUGCAUCUGUUCGCCCUUCUCAUCAGUACCUGCAUACUGCCCAACGUGGAGGCGGUUAGCAACAUCCACAACCUCAACUCAGUCAGCGAGUCCCCCCACGAGCGCAUGCACCACUACAUUGAGCUGGCCUGGGGCUUCUCCACUGCCCUGGGCAUUCUGCUCUUCCUGGCCGAGGUAGUGCUCCUCUGUUGGAUCAAAUUCCUGCCUGUGGACUCCGGUGCUGCCAACCAAGUGGCGCUGUCGGCGGCCGAGUUGGCGUUAUCUAAGGUGAACUGUAGUGGCCCUGUACUGCCCCCCAAGCCCACCCCUGCGCCUGGUUACAGCGGCUGGCAGGCGGCCCUGGCCUCCACCAUAAUCAUGGUCCCGGUGGGGGUGAUCUUUGUGGUAUUCACCAUACACUUCUAUCGUUCGCUGGUGAGCCACAAGACAGAGAGACACAACCAGGAGAUUGAAGAAUUGCACAAGAUUAAGGUGCAGUUGGACGGGUGUGAGAGAGGUCUACAGGCAGUGUAAUGCCUUUAGCUGUUCUGUCUCUUCUCUGUCCCCUCUCAGUGCCUUCCCACAUUGGCAUUGAGAAGCUUCAUAAUGUCACUGAAUUAGUUCUGUUCAUUAUUAUUAUUAAUGCCUUCCCUGAACUUAUUAACAGAUCCCAAAACUCCAGCUAAUGUGUGAGAGGUUGUCAAAUGUUGAAGUAUGUUUGCAUUGGUAGAUAGUAUUUUGUCUUUGUGGAAGUUAUAGGAUCUGAUUUGAUAUAUUGAUCCUGUUAUGGUGUAUUCAAAAAUUGCUUUUACAGAAUAACUUAAGGGCUAUUUGGUUACGGUUGGUCAUUUGUGCCGUCUCCAUAUUUCAUAAAGAAUUAUAUGUGGUGAAAUCAGAACUCUGUAAACCUCACAUGAUGCGCUUAACUGCUUCUCACAAGGCUGUAGUAUUGUUUCCCUGCCAGGCGCUUAUCAACACUGAGGUCAUAGCUGUAAGCAGAUAAAGAAGCUGGCAGUCAAAACAGUCAAUUUACCUAUGAAGUGUUUCAUGCUGCAGUAGUCAGUGUGUAUUUGGACAGUGCCAUUUUUUUUUUAUAUGGAUCGAUUUAUUUCUGGACCAUGUUUCCAAUAUAACAGAAAUACAGAAUUACACUUUAAUUUGAUGGUAUUUACAUGCAUCUGUUUUGCUGUUUUAAAAAUCAAAGCACAAUUUAUCAGUCACCCCAUUUGGAGAUAUCCUGUUGUGCGAAAUAAUUAAUUUAUAUGAAAGCAGUCAAAGGUAGUAUUUACUUACACAUCCCUAGCAUAUAAUGAUUACAUCAAGCUUGCUGGGUGCAUUUGUAUUUUGCAUUUGUUGUGUUUUGGAUUACUUUUUAACCAACAGAAUGUUAAUGGUGAAUAGUGUAUUGUCACUUAUUGAAAUAACUAUAACAGAUGACUUGUUAAUUAGUGUCUUUGAUGAUUAUGGAAAAGGAAAUUAUUCAAUCGCCAUUCAGUUCCUAUUUGGCAAAACAUUCAUAAAACAGAAAACAAUGUAAAAAUUAAAUAGUUUCACUGUCCAAAUACAAACACAUGGAAUUGUCUCAGUCGGUGGAAAGAAUAGGAGCACACAUUCUAUGUGUAUAGACAUGCUUUGGGGAGCAUGUAAACUUAUGUAGAAAUAUAAACCAUGUCUUAAAGAAAUCCAACCAGGCCUUUAAAACAGCAUGUCAGUCCUGAGGCUACUGUAUGGUGUCAAAUAUGAAGAGCCAUUGUGCCUCGAUGAUAAAAAUUAUUUUUCUCAAUAUUAGUGAACAAAUGCUUAUACAUGUAUUUGUUUUCUUUUCAUUUGUAUUAUAAAAUACUACCUGCCCAUGUAGCCAAAUACAUUUUGUAAUUACAUUUCAUAUGUUCAGUAUAGUAUAGUAAACUCACAUUGGUUUAUAUCAAGGUUUCCCAACUCCAGCCUUUGUAUUGCCUACAGCAAAAUCAAUUUCCUUUGUUCUUCUAGCCCAAGUCAAGUUCAACUGAAACUCUUUACUAAUCAUCAAGCCUGAAAUGUGUUAAAUAAGUUUAAUUGCUUGAGGAUAGUAGUUUACAGUACAUUAGGAAAGUAUUCUGACCCUUUUACUUUAUACCCCUUUUCCUGUGUUUACAACCUUACUAAAAUAGAUUGUGAAUAUUUUUUCCCCUCAUCAAUGUACACACAAUUUCCCCCUAAUAACCAAGCAAAAACUGUUUUUUAGAUUUAUUUUGCAAAUCUAUUAUAAGAAAGAAACAAAACUAUCCAAUUUUCAUAGCUAUUCAGUCCCUUUGCUAUGACACUCAAAAUUGAGCUUCCGGUGCAUCCUGUUUCCAAUUAUUCUUAAGUUUCUACAACUUGAUUUGAGUCCACCUGUCGUUAAUACAAUUGAUUGAAUUUAUUCUGAUUUAAUCAAACCAGAGAAUCUUAUUUCUCAUGGUCUGAGAGUACUUUAGGUGCCGUUUGCUAAAUUCCAAAAGGGCUGUUGUGCCUUUUACUGAGUAGUGGCUUCUGUCUGACCAAUAUCACAAGUCCUGAUUGGUGGAGAGUUCUCCUUCUAGAAGGUUCUCCCAUUUUUAUACAGGAACUCUGGAGCUCUUUCAUAAAUGUAAUUAUGUUUACAAUAAGACUGUAAUAUAGCAAGUGUAGAAAAAAGUAAGGGGUGUGAAUACUUUCCAAAUUUAUUUUUAAAGCAAGACUGAUUGACAACUACCGUAAGUUGAUAUCUGCUGUUAAAUGCACCAUAUUUUAUUUAAUGACAUUGAUUAAAUAAAAACAUAUGAAAUGACCUGUUUUACAUAGGCAUUUCCAUGUGAGUAAGGAUUCAAAAUAUUACUAUAAUUAAUUUAACAGAUUAUGCUUAUUUUUACAUGUUUGGAUUUAUACAUAAAAAUAGUCUUCAAACACCUAAUUUCCAAAUAGUUCUCUGGUAUUUUUGGAGAAAAGUAGCAGCUAUAUAUUUAGAAACAUUAGAGAUCAGAAACAUACGUUUCCUUUUGAAUCCACAUUCCCAUUCACUGUGUUGGUGGUGCUCAUACAAUGUAUCUUAAUUUUGGAAAAUUUCAUACAGCAUAUUGUUUUAAACUGUCUAAAAAUAAGCAACAUCUAAAAAAUUUGUUUUGAGAGUAGUAGUGGUAGUAUUAUUUAUUUAAAUGAUAAAACAAAAUUAUUUCAGAAUGUAGACAUAUUCCUUAUUUUGGAACUCUCUAAGGAGUAUAAAGACAGAAUGUUUUCUCUAUGAUUCAAGUUCACAGGGUUCCUACAGGAGCCAUGUACAGAAUAUGGGUCUUAAAUGCAUAAAAUGUCAACGUCAAUAUAUUUUACUCUUUGGUUGUGAUACAGUUGUAGAAAGAUCCUCCAGAUUAACUUCAGAGAUCCAGAAAAAUAUUUGUCAUCCUCAUUUGCAUGGCAUGUGUUUUAUGUGCCAAGACUGCUAGGGUGAUCGCUCCUGUUCCAUUCAAAAUAGUGACAUUUUAAUACUUUGGUUUCUGAACAUGUUUACAAUAGGAUUAUUGCAGCAGAGAGGAUGCUUACUGUUUAGUAGGAAAGGUCAAAUGUUAUUUGCACCAUUACUUUUUAUGGAAAGGGUCAAGGAAGAUUAAAAUGAGGGUUACUAAAUAUACCACUGAUGCAAUAAACCAGGCAUCAUGAGUAUAGCACAAUGUUUAUUGAAUAUUUUAUAUUAGUUGGAGGGUUUGAUUUGUGAGCUAUGUGUGUGGAAUUCAAAUCAACGGCCGACAGGCUGUGCCAGUUUUUUUUUUUUAUAUGUAUUAUUUAUCUGUAAAGAAGAAAUGUUAAAUAUGUUGUUAUAACAUUCCAAAAAAAGUUUUCUGACCAAGAAUCUUCACUUUCUUUCACUGUGGAGGGAUGACAAAUGUGCACAUGUAGUUUAGUCCUGAAAUUAGUUUUGAAUGUCCCUGGGUCUAUACUGUAAAAUGUUAACCUGUUUUUAAGGUGUAUGUACAGUCUUCAAACUAUCCGUUCUUUACUUCUUCAGUCCUGGUCAUACUACAUUUAUAGUAGUAAUUGACUUACAUUGGCAGGUUGCAUACAUUUUCAUACACAUCUUUAUCUUUUUUUGUACUGGCCCCCCAUACGGAUUGAAGUCAAUCCUGGUGUUGCAAACACAAGUGAGCUACAUGCAACCUAUACAUUAUUGUAGAUGUCCCCUCUGAGAAAACCGUUUAUUUGACCUGACAAAAGCUUUGUUCAUUGAUGGAAAACAAUUCUGUCAAUUCAUGUUGGUUGGGUUUAGAUAACUUUGAAUAUUAACACAGAAAUGUGGCCUGGUGUUGUGGCAAAUUUAUAGCUUUCUCUGCACUGUGUUGUUUAAUGUUCUGUAGAAUAGCAUGUAUUUUCAUAUCUUGUCUGAAAUGUUGUCUAACUAAUGUUAAAUAAAAGCAGCCCAUACUUUGUUGAUAUUA